UGUUUGCCCCACUUCAUAAUGAUUCAACUGAAUUUCUUGUUUAUCAACUGUCCUGAGGUUUCUGUUUCCUUUUCCUUUUCCGUUUUCUUUUUCUCCUCUUUAUAUCCAUUAAAAAACUACCAUAUCGUAUGGCUAUCUAAGAAAGUUUCCAAAUUGGGAAUUGGGUAUUUUUCAUUGUUUUUGUUGGUUGUGCAACUCAGACUCUUUCUCCCCCCAUCAUUUCCCUUGUGUCUCACAGUUGAACUGUAUGGGAGAAAGCUUGAUGCUCUCUGGUUCUAGACAGUGAACUAUUGAAACGAGAGUUUAGCUCUGUCUGAUUUUACAAUGCCAGUUCCCCUUGCGCCAUAUCCCACACCUCCAGCACCCUACACUCCUCCUGCUGCCAAUGGUGCUCAAAGCCAACUUGUGUGUUCCGGUUGUCGAAAUUUAUUGCUCUAUCCAGUUGGAGCAACCUCUGUGUGUUGUGCUGUUUGCAAUGCGGUAACAGCAGUGCCGCCUCCCGGCACAGAAAUGGCGCAGUUGGUUUGCGGAGGCUGUCAUACCUUAUUAAUGUACAUCCGUGGAGCAACAAGCGUUCAAUGUUCGUGUUGUCAUACUGUCAAUCUGGCCUUGGAAGCAAAUCAGGUGGCACAUGUAAAUUGUGGGAACUGCAGGAUGUUACUAAUGUACCAGUAUGGAGCGAGAUCCGUAAAAUGUGCAGUUUGCAAUUUUGUGACAUCAGUUGGGGGCUCAGCUAGUGCUGCUGAACAGAAGUUCAACAGCUGAGACUAUAUUAGACCUCAAGUCAGACAUUAGAAGCAACAAGUUUGCUUUUGUACAUUAUAAAUAUCUUCCACCGAGGUUGCGUCCCAUCGGCAAAUGGAGGAAACUCCUCCUCCUCGCUUUGUAUUGAGUUAUUUUUCCUUGCGUGACAUAUGAAAUAAGCGGUUUUGGGUAGCUGGUUGGAUGCAUUAUAAGUAAUUCCAUCAGAGAAGACGUUUUUUAACAGUUUGAACAAUCGGUUAUCUUCCGAAUCCUGAUAAGAUAAACUUUGUUUUCUUUUGAUUUGCUAUGAAUAUGAGUGGCAAUAAAUACAGGGCAUAAAGUUCAUCUCUGAUA